CGCCCUCGGUCACAUCAUCAUCAUCUUCCUAUCUGGCACGUCUGAAGGCAUGCCAGCACCCGCCCUGCAGAAUCAGCAUCACAGCACUGACAAGUGCGCCUCCCCCUCCGCGCCGUCUUUGACGUCCCACCAUCGUUAGAGCCUUCGCCUCUGGCUGCUUCUUCCUCUCUCUCCCCCUCCACCACCCAAGGAAAGCUCAACGCCAGCUGCAGAUUAAACAUUCUGCUCACACGCACGGGAGCGAGGAGGGAAAUAGACGCGCAGAUUUUUUUUUGCGCGCGCAAUUGGAGGAGAAGUGGGAAUCUAUAGAACACUUGCAGAUUUUUUUUUUUUUUUUUUUUUUUUUUUUAAUUGAAGGGAUAAAAAAAAAGAUUUUUUUUUUUUUUUUUUUUUGCACACCUGUGGAUGCUUGAUGUUCGGAUCGAUGCUGCAUCUGCCCCUCCUGCUGCUCCUCUUGCUCGGCGUCGCCGGCUGCGGCGCGUCGUACGUGCCGUGCGAGCCGUGCGACCCGAAGGCCCGCUCCCUGUGUCCGCCGGUGCCGGCGGGGUGCCAGGCGGUGAAGGAGCCCGGCUGCGGCUGCUGCCUGACGUGCGCGCUGGAGGAGGGCCGGCCGUGCGGCGUGUACACGGGGCCGUGCGCCCGCGGACUGCGCUGCCUCCCGAAGAGCGGCGAGGAGAAGCCGCUGCACGCCCUCCUGCACGGCCGCGGCGUGUGCAGGAACGAGAAGUUGUACAAACUGCUGCACCCUUCCAAAGAGUCCAUGAUGCCCCAGACCAAGGUGCCCAUAUACGGACGGGAUCACAUCAGUAGUCGGAAGGCCCAGGCGAUGAAGCAAGCCAAGGAUCGCAAAAAGCAGCUGGCAAGGGUGGGGACCAACAGCAACCUGGACCUACCUCUGCACGGCUUUGGGAAAAUGGAGCCCGAGUUUGGUCCCUGCAGGAGACGCCUGGAUCACCUCAUCCAGAGCAUGAAGGACACCUCCCGGGUCUUAGCUCUGUCCUUGUACAUCCCCAACUGUGACAAAAAAGGCUUCUUCAAGCGCAAACAGUGCAAGCCGUCUCGCGGACGCCGGAGGGGAAUCUGCUGGUGCGUGGACCGCUUCGGCGCCAAGAUCCCGGGCAUCAACUACGCGGGUGGCGACUUGCAGUGCAAAGACUUGGACAGCAGCAGCAACAGGAAUGAGUGAGCUGGGGUCGAACUGGCGCACUUAACAACUGCCGACCCGGCGAGGUCAUGUGAUGGACUGUUGUUUGUAAAGGGGAAGCCUAAACUCUUGUAUGUAACUGUGGCUAACCUGCUAACUGUGUUCAUUUUCUUUAUAUCCAUAGACCAUUGGUUAUAGAGUGCAUAUAUAUGUAUAUAUGUAUAUACAGUACAGGCCAAAAGUUUGGACACACCUUCUCAUUUCAAUGCGUUUUCUUUAUUUUCAUGACUAUUUACCUUGUAGAUUGUCACUGAAGGCAUCAAAACUAUGACACCUGUGAAGUGAAAACCAUUUCAGGUGACGACCUCUUGAAGCUCAUCCAGAGAAUGCCAAGAGUGUGCGAAACAGUAAUCCGAGCAAAGGGUGGCUAUUUUGAAGAAACUAGAAUAUAAAUCAUGUUUUCAGUUAUUUCACCUUUUUUUUUUGUGAAGUACAUAACUCCACAUGUGUUCAUUCAUAGUUUUGAUGACUUCAGUGACAAUCUACAAUGUAAAUAGUCAUGAAAUAAAGAAAACACAUUGAAUGAGGUGUGUCCAAACUUUUGGCCUGUACUGUA